CUGCUUUUCACCUCUGAAAUCUAUUGAGCAUAAUAAUUAUUCGAGGCUACAACAUGGCUGUAUAAGCUUGCUGUCCCGAAAAAUGCCUGUCAUCUUACUCUACGUCAAAUUACGGGCCCAACGCGGACUUCACGGAACGAUGCCAGGCAACACAGGUCCCGAUCACGCCAUGAACCGUUAGGAUGACCUGAGUGGAGGCUGACAAUGCUGCACCUCACUACUUUCAGUCAUGGCUAACCUUUCUCUGACGCGUUCAUGGCCUCCUUAAGCGAAGUGCAUCGCCGAUGUCGACUGUUGUUCCUGGCUCUGUUUGCUCUUUCGUCGGCAACUACUUUUGUCGCUGCUUUUGAGCAGAAAGUGUUUGGUGUUGGAGAGGAUACUCUAACCCUUACCAACCGUGAUAAGUCUAUAGCCAUUGUCGGUGCGGGGAGUGCAGGUCUGGCUGCUUUGAAAGCUCUACUCGAGUUACCACAGGAGGUACGCCAGAACUGGGAAAUUGUGCUAUUUGAAGAACGCCGGAAUGUCAGUGGCAUAUGGCUCCCUGAUUUGAAUGACCCGCAUCCACCAAAGUUGCCCGAAACGCCACUCUAUCCAUCCCUCAGGACGAACACUCCACAUCCAACUAUGACCUAUCCACAUUUUCCAUUUCCGCCAAUGACUCCCGUCUUCCCUACUCAUGAAUACGUCUCCCAAUACCAUUAUGAUUUCGCAAAACACUAUGGGCUUAUACAAUAUAUACGUUUCAACACGAGUGUUGUCCGAACCGAAUGGAUAGGGAACUCGACUACGGGAAAGUGGAACAUUACAUCAAGACACCAAAACGCAGAUCUGGAGCAACAUGGAUUAUUUGACCAUCUUAUCGCAGCUAAUGGGCAUUAUCAUUAUCCUCGUAUUCCGACGUGGCCAGGUCAGGAUGACUGGCUGACUGCAAACAAGAGUAGGGAGAUCUUGCACUCAAUGUAUUGGAGGAACGGAACGAAAUACGCAGGCAGAAAUGUACUUGUCGUUGGAGGCGGAGCAAGUGCAAGGGAUGUCGUUCUGUAUACAGCUUCUCAUUGUCAUAAGAUAUUCCUCUCAUUGAGAAGCGGAAAUCCACCCAAUCGCCUCAAUGAACGAUAUAUUCUUAAGCCUGGGAUUUCGCAUUUUACAGCGGAUGGCGUUGUGUUCAUGGAUGGUACGGUUGCCAAUGAUGUUGAUGCAGUCGUACUGGGGACGGGUUACGAACUUCGCGCCCCGUUUCUCACAGCUGGAGACGCUCUCCUCAUUUCCCCAAGCGCAAACGAAUCUUAUCCCCAUCCAACACAUAUUACGACGAACUUGCGGUACAUAUAUCCUUUACACGAACAUAUAUUCUCGCUUGCAUCAUCCUAUCCUCCAACGGCACUGUCGUUCGUUGGUCUCAACGCGCUUGUAGCUAACUGUCCUACGGACUUUGCACAAGCAAUGCUUGUCGCACAUGCUAUUGCAAACCCUGGGAUUCUUCCAUCUCGACACGAAAUGCUCAACUCACUGCGUAAAAGAGAGGCACAUUAUUAUGAACGCGGGUAUGAUCCAUAUCGCGUCGGUCAUCGGCUGGAGGAUGUGGACGGUUUUGGAAAUGCGUCAUAUGUGUAUGAGGAAGGUCUUCUCAACUUCUUAAAGGAUCGAGGUGCUGUUCCGGAUGACGGGAGGCCUUAUGUUGAGCAGUGGAGACGGCUGAGGUUCGAGGAAUUCCAGACGCUAUGGAGAGCCUGGAAACGGGUUGAAGACCGUGGCUCUCUUGCUAUAGAGCAAUGGUUAGAUGGAAUACGGACGGAGAACGAAUGGGGAGACCUGAUGCAGAGACUUAUCCGCUGGGAGAAGAAUCACGAGAACAGUUGGAUAGAUUAGGAGAAUUGUUCUCUCAUUCUGUUUGGACUAAUAGCCUUCUCGUGCCGUGCGGAGGAUAUGGUAGGUGCAAGGCAAAGACAGUGAAGAGAGUAGCCAUGACCUCUUUUCCGAAUGUACGUAUUUGAAUUGAACAGGAAUAACAUCACAACACCAGGCUCUUCCAACUCAGUAGGAUGUCAAGAAAAAGUAUCCUGUGGAGUUCAAAGAUUCUAUUUUAUUACGUUUUCAAUGUCACCUAUUACAGGCAGUAUUUCCUAGUAACUACUCUGAUAUUCUGGCUAGCCUCUUUUCUUUUUCUUGUCACCAUGUCUUUGACUCUGAUGUGCCGACCCUCCACGUUGUUCCGAUCCGCUAUGUUGUUCCGAUCCUCUAGAUUCAGAGGCUUGUAGCGUGUUCUGUCUCCGCUUCCCGUGCACGUUUACCUGGGUCAGCCACUAUAAUCAGAAGUGGAGGAUCGCCUCCUUGAUAGACAUUCUCUUAUUUGGAUCGACCUCUAGGAGUCUUCGAAUGAAAUCUCUUCCUGCGCGAUACCAUACCUCAGUCGCAUAUUCUCCCUACUCGAAACUGUAGAGAAACUACUCACCUCUGGAAGAUACGUCUUGUGGUAGAUAUUGCUUUAGCAUUUCCUCAACUAUGUCAUUCGUUAUUCUACUUCCAAC